AUGUUAUCUGUCCACGCCUUCAUCAGAGCUGGCGACUGUAUGAAGCAAGUUCCGCCGUGCUUCAUCCUGAUGUCAGGGAAAAAGCGAAAAGAUUACAAAAGGGUGUUAUCCGCUAUCCUACAACAUCUGCCGUCAACCGAGGUUAAGUCGUUUGUGGUGGAUUACGAGGCUGGACUGUGGCAGGCCAUAAGAGCCGUGUUUCCCCAACCUGAUAUCCAAGGCUGCGCUUUUCACUUUGGACAGACCCUCUAUCGGAAGGUUCAAGAAUUCGGAUUGCAGACUGCACACAACGAGCGCUGUAACGUGUAUGCACUCCUCAGAAAGACAUUUGCACUGCCGCUACUACCCGUGGAGGACAUUCGAACUGCUUUCGACACAUUACGGACGAAAUCGGACACUGACGCGACGGACAGAUACUUUGACUACCUAGAACGGACGUGGAUGACAAACCCACUGUGGCCUAUUGAUAGUUGGUGCGUAUUCGGUCGGUUCAUACGCACCAACAACGACUGCAAGGGCUGGCAUCAUCGCCUGAACCGACGUGCGAAGAAAGGGAAUUUCCCCUUUUACUUGUUGGUUCAACUGUUGUGUGAAGAGGCGAAUCUGCUGAAUACACAGGUGCGGUUAGUGAGAGAGGGAAAGUUGAGGAGACAUCAGAAUAAACAGACACUUCAGGUACAGGGGAAGCUCUAG